AUGUGUCGUGGCAUAUUGGCGCCGCUGUUCUUGGAUCUUGCGUUGCUCAUGUUGCGUGGAGAAGCUGCGCCGCCGGGCGAUUUCAACCUGGCUUACUUGAUUUGUCUGCCGAAGAGCGCGGGCACGUCGACGUCGACAGGCGGAGAGUUUUACGACGCCGGCAGCACCCACCCCCUUUCCAUCGUCGACGCCAGCAACCGCAUCCUUGCGUCUAUCUUCAGAGUAGUCCCAGUGCUCGCCAAGCUGUUUGCCGAGUUCGAGUCGAUUUAUCGUUUGGCCCUGAACGUCAAGAGAACAGGGUUCAUCCCACUCUGGAAGCACAGCUCCGAGAGAGGUUUGCGGAACUUGAUCACAGAGCUGGCGCCCUCCUGGCGGGACAUCAUCAUUGCGACGCAGGGGAUGUAUCUGGGAUUCUGGAUCGGCCCUGGAGCGUGCAGUAAGUCGUGGUCUAAACCGUUGGAGAACUUCCACAAGCGUGUGCUUCUGUGGUCCAAGCACAACUUGGGGUUAAAUUUGUCGGCGAUCGCUUUCAACUUGUUCAUCUGCUCUGUCCUUUCGUACGUGAUGCAAUUGCAAGAGUUGCCGGCGGAUUUUGCGGAUACUGUCGCGUGGGCUCUGAGACGCCUCGUGCCUGGCCCCGGCAACUGGGCUACGGCUGCUGACUUGUGCUAUCUGAAGGAAGAGUUUGGGUUUCCGUGCUCAUUCACGAACCCUGCAGAUCGUGCCCAAGCCGCCAAACUCCGGGUGGUGGAGACCGUUGCCCCUGACUGUAAAGAUCGCUGCGCGGAGCUUUCUUCCUUGGGCGAUGCCGUGCUGCAAGGGCCCUUCGGGAGAUGGCAUCAGAACUCGUUCUUCGCUAUCUUAGCCCGGGCGGAGGAAAAACUCGGGCGGUCGGGCAUGACCCGCGCCGCGGUUCGACGGGCAGUCGCCGCUGCUCCCCCCGAGCAGAAGAGUCUGAAAUUUCAAGCGGUAGCUGUGUCUCUGAUCAGGGCCAAGAGCGGCGACCGGGAUCAGCGGCUUCAGCACAAGAUCUCCAGAUGGAGUUUCCCAGGCGCCGGUGUGCUUUUCUCUGUGGGGGCGAGGGAGCUCAGCGGCGGAGCCGAAGCCAGCUGCGUGAGGCAGAUCUCGCAGAGAGAGAUGCGUGUGCACGGGCAGGACACCCACACAAGGGCGAACUAG